AUGACCGGAAGCCGCCGAGUUCUGGAACAACAUUCUCACGGAGAACGGCCACAUACAGGAAACAAGUUUUUUGGUGGCGGCCACAGUACGCUCUUUCAAGCUCAAAGUAUCUACUCUCUUUGGGAAACCUAUGUACAGCGCUCCUCGGAUGCGGACGAGGCUGACGACGUCAAGUUAGGCCCUGUAUCUUCAUCAGAGGUCAACCAGGAGGUCGGACCAUCACAGGUGGGCUUUGGAGAGCCGUUGGAAGCUCCUCCUCCUUUUGCGUCACUGCCUAUUGAUGCAGAGGGAGAUCGAGCAGCUAAUGACAACACCGACACGGAGGAAGAUGACGACACGACGAUGCGUCGUCCCAUGAAGAGACGGCGUAGACGACGUUGA